CGCUCCACUGGCCCGCUCGCCCGUGACGUAGCGCGCGCGCGUUCGAGGAGCGCCGUGACUCCCCCCGUGGCAGCAGCUCUCGCGCCUCGCUCGCUCGCUCGCUGGCGGAGUCCGCGAUGGAAAGCGCGUGCCUGCACGCAGAGCUCUGAGAGCGCGGGAAACUGAAGCAUGUCUGCGGCCAGCGCCUUCCCCAACAUGGCGAGCAUCGGAGAGCUGGACCCGCUCACCGCCGCCAUCCCCGCCACCAAGGUGGAGAUCACGGUGUCGUGCAGAAACCUGCUGGACAGAGACACAUUCUCCAAAUCGGAUCCAAUAUGUGUGCUGUACACUCAAACCGUGGCAUCCAGGGAGUGGCGAGAGUUUGGGAGAACGGAGGUCAUCGAUAACACACUGAACCCAGACUUCGUACGAAAGUUCAUCCUGGAUUACUUCUUUGAGGAGAGACAGAAUCUACGCUUUGACUUGUACGACCUCGACUCAAAGAGUGAAAACCUGUCCAAACAUGACUUCUUGGGCCAGAUGUACUGCACUCUGGGAGAGGUGGUGGGUUCUCCGGGUAGCCGUAUGGAGAGACCCCUCAUGGGCAUUCCUGGGAAAAACUGUGGAACCAUCAUUGUGAAAGCAGAAGAACUUGGAAACUGCAGAGAGUCGGUUCUGCUGCAGUUCUGCGGAAACAAACUGGACAAGAAGGAUUUCUUUGGCAAGUCCGACCCAUUCCUCGUCUUUUAUCGCAGCAACGAAGAUGGAACGUACACCAUUUGCCAUAAGACUGAAGUAGUGAAGAACACUCUGGAUCCUGUGUGGCAGGCCUUCAAAAUCCCAGUUAGAGCCCUGUGUAAUGGAGAUUAUGACAGAGCAAUAAAGAUUGAAGUGUACGACUGGGACAGGGAUGGAGGGCACGACUACAUCGGAGAGUUCAAGACGAGCUAUAGGGAGCUGUCUAAAGGCCAGUCUCAGUUCAAUGUGUGGGAGGUACUAAACAUGAAGAAAAAGAAGAAGAAGAAAAAAUACCUCAAUUCAGGAACCGUGACCCUGCUGUCAUGCCUCAUAGAUGUGGAAGUCACUUUUUUGGACUACAUCAAAGGAGGCACUCAGAUUAAUUUCACGGUGGCAAUCGAUUUCACUGCAUCAAAUGGCAACCCUUCACAGCCUACCUCUCUCCACUACAUGAACCCCUACCAGCUCAAUGCCUAUGCCAUGGCUCUGAGAGCGGUGGGGGAGAUCAUUCAGGACUACGACAGUGAUAAGAUGUUCCCUGCGCUGGGGUUCGGAGCAAAGCUGCCUCCUGAUGGCAGGGUAUCGCAUGAGUUUGCCCUGAAUGGGAACCCGGAGAACCCGUACUGCACUGGAAUAGAAGGAGUACUGGAGGCAUAUUACCGGAGUCUGAAAAGUGUUCGUCUCUACGGCCCCACGUUUUUCUCACCCGUUAUUAAUCAUGUAGCGAGGUAUGCAUCGCUGGUAAAGAACGGCUCAGAGUACUUCAUCCUCCUCAUCAUUUCAGAUGGAGUCAUCUCUGAUAUGGCUCAAACCAAGGAAUCCAUUGUAAAUGCAUCCUGUCUUCCAAUGUCCAUUAUAAUAGUAGGAGUUGGCUCUGCUGAAUUUGAUGAAAUGAUCGAGCUGGACGGAGAUGAAGUGAGGAUUUCGUCGAGAGGAAGGUUUGCGGAGAGAGAUAUAGUACAGUUUGUUCCAUUCCGAGACUACAUUGACCCCAGGGGGAACCACAUUCUCAGCAUGGCCCGUCUGGCCAAGGACGUCUUGGCUGAAAUCCCAGACCAGUUCCUGCACUACAUGAGAACCAGAGGCAUCAAACCCAACAUCUCUCCUCUUUCUUACUCCUCUAAACCCAUGUCAGCACUGGCACACCCCGCACUUCCACUACAGACUCAAAUCUGAGUGCAGCUAUGGGAGCUGUUCUUCUGGUGGUUUACUCUCUUUCUCAGGAUCAUUCCGUGGUCCAGUGGGUCAGUCAGACGUUAGGCUUUCUACACUCUGCGUCAUACAGUAGCUGGGUUUAAGGGAGCUGACCUUGACUUCUGCUUGGAGUCUGUAGCUGGCAGCUCUCUCCAUUGGACUUGUAGGUGUUGGAUGUUAGUGGAGAGGCUGUGGAAUCUUUCUGAAUAAUCAGGAAGUUUCUUGCAUGCUUUGGACCAUUGAGUCUGAUCCACCUUCAUGUGUCUCAUACCACUUUUCAGUCUUUUCUUUCAGACUAAAAGCUGAGCAAUGAACUAAAUGUUUACAGUUUUCUUGGUUUAUACGAGCAAGUAAUUUUAUACCUCAUGCAUAUUCAAGUUAUUGAAGCUCUAUAUGCUGUUUCACAGACAAAACGAGGGUUGUGGCAGCUUUCUGCAGUGAAGGCAGAGUGAGCACAUUUCUAAGAAGCUGCUGAGUAGUUUGUACUUUUAGUGCAUCUUACUGAAUAUUCUGGACUCUUCCACUCUACUGCCUCAAUGCAAUUCUGCUCAAGUCUUACAGGGGGCAGGGAAGACAAGCCUUACUCUCGGUUAUACACUAAUCUGUAGCUGCUUUCAGUUCUAUGCGUGUGAGAACCAGUCAUUAAAGACACUGCAGUCUCCAUGUGUGCCAUAUAUACAUACAUACAUACAUACCUACCUAUAUCAGCUUUUACACACAUACAGCACCACCUUAAUGAAUCCUUGAAAUGCUGCUCUAGAGCUACGGUGGCAUUUCACUGCAUGCACUUUUUUAUGAGGUGAGCUGUGUAAAAUAUACUGAAGUGGUUAUGAGGUUUAUGUGUUAUAAGGUUAUUUUUCAAACAAGAACUUGAGAGCAACGGCAUGAGACAUUAAUGUGCUUAGUGAUGAGAUCAGACACCAUUGAUGUAGAACUGGAGCGUAACCAUUUAACGUUUCACUUUUAUAUGUUUCUCAUUUCUUAUGAGCACCACAUACUUCAAAUAAGCCAUUUUUAGCCUUCACAGACACCAUCAGUGGUCUUGAAAUAAGACAAAAAGCGUUGAUAGUAUGUUUUUUUUUUUUUUAGAUCAGAUGUUGUUUAGAAGCUGCACAUUAAAAGACAAGAAAAAAGAAAUGAAAAUGAGGCAGUUCAAAUUAUAAUAAGACUUAUUUCAGAUAAGAAUUGAGCUAUGUUAAACUAUAAAGCUAUUUUAAACCUUCCCCUCAAUGAUAAAAACAGAUAAAAGUGAUAAAAGAAUGCUGGAAGCUGCCCCAGCAACCCAGCUCAGAAAAAGCCCACACAAAGCCAUGGAACUCAGGACUUCAUUUAUUCAACAUGACAGGAUGUCAGCUUAAAACUUACGCCCACUCAUGCUGGCUCACAUACUGUAUUAUUCUUAUAAAACAUGCAUUAAACAUACAUCAAUGUUUAAAACAUAGUGGAAUGGGAAUUUUUCCCCCCUUUUUUCUUUCUUUUGUCAUGUUUAAGCCAGUGCAGUAUAACAGAUCUCCACAAUCAUCUUUGUGACUGCUCUAAGUAAUGAAUAUUCUCAGUAUUUAGACCUUAGGAUAUAUUUGUGGUAAAUAUAUUUUUGAAAGUAUUAAUAUAACAUAUAUAUAACGAUAUAUAAUAUCGUCUGGCUGUUGCAAUAAAGGACAGCAUGUUUGAAGUUCAUGUAUGUGUCAUGGUGGAAAGAGAAUGAAUUAGGCUGUUAAAAGCUGAAGUACAACAUGAUGACACAGCCCACCUAUUAGUAAACACAUCAGUCAAUCAAAUGUUACAUUAGAAACAUUAGUUAGACCAGUGUUCAUGAUCUCACACAGCUAUGGCCUAUUACAGGAGAAAAUGUGGCCAAUCACUGACUCUCUGCUAACAGACAUUGUAGUAGAUCUUCUCAGGAAGGAGGUAGUGUGUGUUGCUUAUAACCCUAUCUUCAUUUAAUGCAGAGUAGCAAUCCUGGUUGCUGUGCUUCUUCCAUUAGAAAUGAUUAUUGUUUGUUCUAUGUUUUGAUGGUGUUUCGAUAAUAAGUUGAAACCUGUUAACUCGUCCACAGCAGCUCAUAUAAGAAAGAAACCAUAAACCAUACAUACGUCAUAUGCUUUUAUCUACAAAGCGCAAACACAAAUCUACUGAACUACAAAUCUACAGUAUUUACCAUGGUAAACAAGCAUUUAUUUGCAGUCCAGUGUAAAAAUAAUUGUAACUGGGACAUUUUGAAAAAGUCCCAAACAGAUACUGUUUACCUUUCCUCAUCAAGUCAUAUUUGUUAUUAUUGCCUGCAUCAUGUUUGCAUGUGCAAUGUUCUGAAAAGUGAUGCAUCUUUUUAUUUUUGUGAAUCCUAUUAUUUUUAAUACUAUGGAUUUUGCCUUAAUAUAUCACUAAGUCAUGGAUUUAUGUCAUGCCUUUACUGUUUGUUGAGUAAGUAUUCUUUUAACAGCUUUUUGCUUUCUGAUAUGAUUUAUUUGUACAGAUUCAGAUUAGACAGAGAACUGCUUAUUUGUGGAUAAAUGGAUUUCUGUUGGGUGCAUGUUGCAGCAAAGGCUGUAAAGUUCCACACUGAACAAACUCACCCUACUGCAUAACCUAACUUAUAAUAAAUGUUUUAAAUAUUUUUGUAUAAAUAUUGUUGCAUGAUCCAGCUGAAGAAAACUACCCAGUGGCUGGCUGUCCAUCACAAAAAUGUGCAAAGUGUUUUUGCUAAAGUUAAAUCAAUGUAACUGAUUUUAUAAUAAUUUAUAUCUACUAUGAGAAUCAUAUGAAAAUCUAGUAUAUUUACUAUAACAGUCUGUGGUAAACGGAAUAAGAUUUCAUAUCACUGACUAGAGGAUCACUGACAUAAGGUCAUCACAACACGGUCUUUAUCAUCCUGAGAUGGAAACAUAGACUAUGAUAAACUUCAGAUGUGUAACAUGACUGUUUAUGAAAUGUAAUUUUUUAAAUAAACAAUACUAUUUAACAUUUGAUAA